AGCGAGCCGAGGCAGAGACGAAGAAACAAGAUGGCGGCCGGUAGCGAUCCGGAGCGGGACGCCGGCAAUUCGGAUUGAUCCCCCGGCCCUCGCAGUUCGGCGGCCCCCCUCCCCGGCCCGGAACCCUCGCAGGGGGGGGAGCUUCCCCGCAGCUGCCUGUCCGGACUCCGAGCGCCCUCCCCAGCCUUCCCCGCCCCUCCCUUCCCCCCUCGGCCAGCGCCCAGAGAUGCGGGGCCGGCGAGGCAGGCCGCCCAAGCAGCAGCAGCCUGCGGCGGCCACCGCUCAGGCGAGCUCCCCGGCUCCGCCCGCCCCACCGGGCCCCAUUGGGGGGCUGAGGUCCCGGCAGCGGGGCAGCAGUCGGGGCAGGUGGGCGGCCUCGGCCCAGGUGGAGGCGGUGGGGCCCAGGCCGAGGGGGGUCGGGGCUGCCCAGGCCUCUUUCUCCUCCACCGCCUCCCCCAGGGCGGGCAGCAAGAGGAAGGGCGGCAGCGGCAGCAGCAGCACCCCUGGUGGGGGAGGCAGCAGCAGUAGGGGCAGGGGCAGGGCUGGGGCUGGAGGAGCAGGAGCAGGGGGAGGAGGCGCAGGAGGCAGCUGCAGCAGCCAAGGCAGGGCUGCCUCGUCCAGGAGGAGCAUCAGCAAAGUGGUGUACGAUGAUCAUGAGAGUGAAGAGGAGGAGGAGAGCGUGGUGUCCGAAGAGGAAGAGGAGGGGGACCCCGAGGAUAACCAGGACUCCGAGGAGCAGGAGGAAGAGGAGAUCAUGGAGGAGGAGGACGACGACUCCGAUUACCCCGAGGAGAUGGAGGAUGAAGAUGAUGCCAGCUAUUGCACUGAGAGCAGCUUCAGGAGCCACAGCACCUACAGCAGCACCCCAGGUAGAAGACGACAAAGAGUGCAUCGUCCACGUUCUCCAAUAUUGGAAGAAAAAGACAUACCACUCCUUGAGUUUCCUAAAUCCUCUGAGGACUUAAUGGUGCCUAAUGAGCAUAUAAUGAAUGUUAUUGCCAUCUAUGAGGUACUACGGAACUUUGGCACUGUUUUACGCCUGUCUCCUUUUCGUUUUGAGGACUUCUGUGCUGCUCUGGUAAGUCAAGAGCAAUGCACACUUAUGGCAGAGAUGCAUAUAGUGCUUUUAAAAGCAGUUUUACGAGAAGAAGACACUUCAAAUACUACCUUUGGACCUGCUGACCUCAAAGAUAGCGUUAAUUCCACUUUGUAUUUCAUAGAUGGAAUGACGUGGCCAGAGGUUCUGCGGGUAUAUUGUGAGAGUGACAAGGAAUACCAUCAUGUUCUUCCUUAUCAAGAGGCAGAGGACUAUCCUUAUGGACCAGUAGAGAGUAAAAUCAAAGUUCUACAGUUUUUAGUAGAUCAGUUUCUUACAACAAACAUUGCACGUGAGGAGCUAAUGUCCGAAGGUGUUAUCCAGUAUGAUGAUCACUGUAGGGUUUGUCACAAACUGGGGGAUUUGCUUUGCUGUGAAACUUGCUCAGCUGUGUACCAUUUAGAGUGUGUGAAACCACCUCUUGAAGAGGUACCAGAGGACGAAUGGCAGUGUGAGGUCUGUGUAGCACAUAAGGUGCCUGGUGUAACUGACUGUGUUGCUGAAAUCCAAAAAAAUAAACCAUAUAUUCGACAUGAACCCAUUGGAUACGACAGAAACAGACGGAAAUAUUGGUUCCUGAACAGAAGACUUAUUAUAGAGGAAGAUUCAGACAAUGAGAAGGAUAAGAAACUCUGGUACUAUAGCACAAAGGUCCAGCUGGCACAGUUAAUUGAAUGCCUAGACAAAGAUUACUGGGAAGCUGAUCUUUGCAAAACUCUUGAAGAAAUGUGCCAAGAAAUUCAUCGGCAUAUGGAUAUCACGGAAGACCUUACUAACAAAGCACGGGGCAACAACAAAUCUUUCCUUGCUGCAGCAAAUGAUGAAAUAUUGGACGCUCUUAGAGUCAAAAAAGGAGAAAUAGUGGAGGAUAAAAGUCAAGCAGCGGAGGAAACAGAUAAGGACAAAAAUGAUGUUGAAAAUAAUGACCAAACAGAUACUGAAAAAGGCAAGGAAGAACCUGCAGACCAGCUACAGGAAAAAAAUGAAGAAACACCAUCUGAACAAGAUUCAGAAAAAGGAAAAACAGAAGAGCCAACAGACGUUGGGGAUAAAAGUAACUCUGGGGCAUCAAGCACAGACGGCAGCACCACAAAUCCUUCUGCAGGAGAAACUAGUUCCUCUGAAGGGAAGAACGCAAUGGGGUGUCAGUCAGAAACCUUUGAUAGCAACAAUGUGGCAGAGAAGAAAGUGGCAUCAGAGCUCCCUCAGGAUCUCUCAGAAGAGACUGGUCAGAUGACCCCCAGCAUCAGUCCUAGUGCAUCCGCUGCACCCCUCCAGUCUGCCGAAAACAGCAACAGCAGCGAGCUAAAUUCUAUGCAGAAUGACUCCAUUAAGACAUCUGAGGAUGCUGAAAAUGCAGAAGGAGGAUCCCAGACCUCGGAGGAAACAGGGGAGAAAUCCAAUGGUGAGAGAAGUGAUUCUCCAUGCACAGGGAAAGGCACAUCAGGCUCGACACGAAUGCUUACCCGAUUACGAAAUCCAGAUAGCAAGCUGAGCCAGAUGAAAAGCCAGCAGGUUGCUGCUGCAGCACACGAAGCAAAUAAAUUAUUUAAAGAAGGCAGAGAGGUUCUGGUGGUUAACUCCCAAGGGGAAAUCUCCCGGUUGAAUACCAAGAAAGAAAUCGUGAUGAAAGGAAACAUCAGUAAUUAUUUCAAGUUAGGUCAAGAGGGGAAGUAUCGUGUCUAUCACAACCAGUAUGCCACCAACUCAUUUGCAUUGAACAAACACCAGCACAGAGAAGACCAUGACAAGAGACGGCACCUUGCGCAUAAAUUCUGUCUGACUCCUGCUGGAGAGUUCAAAUGGAAUGGGUCUGUACAUGGGUCCAAGGUUCUUACCAUAUCUACUCUGAGGCUAACUAUCAUUCAGCUAGAGAGCAACAUCCCUGCAUCAUUCCUUCACCCCAAUUGGGCCUCCCACAGGUCUAACUGGAUUAAGGCUGUUCAAAUGUGUAGCAAACCUAGAGAAUUUGCACUAGCUUUGGCUAUAUUGGAGUGUGCAAUUAAACCAGUUGUCAUGCUGCCAAUUUGGCGGGAGUCCUUGGGGCACACUAGAUUACACAGAAUGACAGCUAUUGAAAGAGAAGAAAAGGAAAAGGUGAAAAAAAAAGAGAGGAAACAAGAGGAGGAAGAAACAAUGCAACAAGCUACGUGGGUGAAAUAUACCUUUCCUAUCAAACAUCAGGUUUGGAAACAAAAAGGAGAGGAAUAUAGAGUAACAGGAUAUGGUGGUUGGAGCUGGAUUAGUAAAACACAUGUUCAUAGGUUUGUGCCUAAAUUACCUGGAAAUACUAAUGUCAAUUACAGAAAAGUGCUACCAACAAAGAAUGAUGUUACCACUGAAAACCAGUGCGAACUGGAUAAAAGAAAAAGUCCAGCAAAAGUAAAAAUAGAGACUGAUUCUUCUAAAGAAAGAAUAAAAGAUUCUCAUGAUCCACAAGAGAAGGACCAAACGAAAAUAGAAAUUUCUGAAACCUUGGGGAGAGCCCAAGUAAAGGAAGAAAACAAAAUGAGUGAAGAAAAGGUGGAAAUUGAUAUGAAUUCUGAAAACUUAGAUAAUGCAAAAGCUGAAGCGGAAAGAGAAGCUGAUUGUAUAAAUAGAACCAUCAAAGAAGAACCCAUGGAGAUAGAUGAUGUAAAAAUGGAAUCCCCCACAAAAAAUGAGGAUAUUCACUCUACAGCAGAUUUAAUCAAUGUCAGCGAGGGGUUUCACUUAAGGACUUGCUACAAAAGAAAAGUAAAAACAUCAAAAUUAGAUGGACUACUUGAAAGGAGAGUAAAACAGUUUACGCUGGAAGAAAAACAGCGCCUAGAAAGGAUGAAGCUGGAGGCUAGUUCUAAACCUGUAGGCAGUAGAUCUGUGAGUCCGCAGAAAAACAUAGAUGAGCCACAAACAACUAAAGCAAAAGAAGGAAGCCAGAUUGACAUGUCUCCCCAAGACAGAACCCAUAUUUCAGGUAAGAUCCAAACUGAAGAUUCAGUUCAGGACUGCUUGCCAACCAGCAGUACACCUUGUACAAAAACCAGUGAACCAGACCAGCCUUCUUUGCCUUCCGUAGACAGACUGUCAAAAAGAGAAGGCCAAGUACUGGAUGAUGCCUCUGAAAUUCAAAGCUCAGUUCAGAACGUCACUAAAGAAGGUGAUUCUGAACCAGUCGCUACUGAUAAUAGCCAAGGACAAGAAGUUCUUGAAAAGAGAGAGAGUGAGAAUCCCCUCAUGGAUGACUUAAAACAAACACACACAGAAGAUAUAAGCAAGAGUGGCACCUUAAAAAACAAUGAAAAAUCUUCAGAACAAAAAGUAUUUAAUACCACAGUGUCUCAGAGUAAAUGUGAAAAUCCCUUACAGCCAGUGGUAACUAAAAGCAGCUGUGAAACAGAUGUUCAGCCCAUUGCUGAAAAAGCAACCUUGAAAGAAAAACCUGAAAAACAGGUCAGUGACCCAGAAAAUAAUUGCACGCUGAAAAGCCAUUCUGAACCAGUGUCCCCACAAGAAAAUGAUGAGGGAAAAGAUAUUGCUCAGAAAAGCAGUGAUGGUAAAACUGAAAACAAGAUUUUAUUUGAUCAGAAACAAUCAUUAAAAACCAAGCUAACUUUAGAAAAAACACCUGAAAGCCAAACUCCUGAACAUGUUGGUGGAAUAAAUGUUACUGAUGAUUUACUGAAUUCUAAAGUCACUGAAGCUAAUGGUGAAAAGCAGGGUCAGGAACAGAAAAUGGAAGCAAGUACCAUAAACAAAUGUCUCGAUCAGCUGAAUCUAAAAAGUAUCACUGACAAAAAGAACAAUAAGAAUGGAGAAAUAGAGACUAAAGUUGAGAGAGAGAAAUCGGUGGCAUUUCAAAUUAAUGGAAAAGACAGUGAUAUUAAGGUAUUGUCAAAUGAAGAAUGCUUAAUGAAAGAUACCUGUGAUACUAAGGCAGGGAGUGAUAUUGAACCUAAAGUCAAUAAUAUUAGUAAAUCCAUUCCUGAACAUGAAAUAAAACCAUUGACUAUUAAAGAAUGCUCUGUAAAGCCAUUAAUGAAUGGUGAUAUCACUAUGGAGGAUACAGAUUUAAAAAAUAACUUGGAUGCUAAAUCAUGUUUACGAAGUUCUGCGGAGAUUGGUGGUGAAUCUGGAGAGUAUCCUCUGCUUCCAAAUAAAAUGUCCAAACGUGUGCAAAAUAUUGGAGAAAAGCAGCGUUCUCUUGAAAGAUCCAACUUUGUUGAUAGUGCUUCUACACAAGCACAGCUUUCCUGUAAGGAAAAUAAUGUGAUUAGUGAAGCAGAAUCCAUGGAAACUGAAGCUGUUAUGGGUAAGGAAGUUGCACCCUCACCAGUAACUUCUUGUGAGGAAUCUAGCUUGAGUAGUGACUUUACUGAUCAGAAUGGCCUGCAGAUGUAUAAUAAAGUUGAAAAUAUCAAUGGAGAAAAUAAAACAAAAAAUAAAACUGUUAUUACAGAAGUGACCACCACAACGUCAACUGUUUCCACAGAAUCCAAAACGGUGUUUAAAGUAGCAGAGUUGUCAGUCUUCAAGGAUGAUAAACAAACUAUGGUGUCAUCUACAGAAAAUUGUGCCAUUUCCACUGUAACCACCACCACCACUGUAACUAAGCUUACCGCACCUGCUGCAGACAGCAAUGUUGAUGUCAUCUCUGUACAGGAGCACAGUAAAACUGUGAUUACAACAACAGUAACUGAUUCAUUAACUAUUCCAGGAGGCACGUUAGUGACUUCCAUGACUGUGAGCAAAGAAUAUUCCACAAGGGAUAAAGUGAAGUUAAUGAAAUUUUCGAGACCCAAAAAGACUCGUUCUGGAACAGCCUUGCCAUCUUACAGAAAAUUUGUUACCAAAAGCAGUAAAAAGAGUAUAUUUGUUUUACCCAAUGAUGAUUUAAAAAAGUUGGCCAGAAGAGGAGGUAUCAGAGAGGUUCCCUAUUUCAACUACAAUGCAAAACCUGCCAUGGAUAUUUGGCCGUAUCCAUCCCCAAGACCAACUUUUGGUAUCACUUGGAGAUAUCGACUUCAAACGGUGAAGUCAUUGGCUGGGGUGAGCCUUAUGUUGCGGUUACUCUGGGCAUGUUUACGUUGGGAUGAUAUGGCUGCAAAACCCCCACCUGGGGGAGGAACUACACGCACAGAAACAUCUGAAACUGAAAUUACAACAACUGAAAUAAUCAAACGGAGAGAUGUUGGUCCUUAUGGAAUUCGUUCAGAGUACUGUAUAAGAAAAAUCAUUUGCCCUAUUGGUGUACCUGAGGCUCCAAAAGAAACUCCUACACCUCAGAGGAAAGGCCUUCGAUCAAGUGCAUUGAGGCCAAAGAGGCCAGAAACGCCCAAGCAGACAGGCCCUGUUAUCAUUGAAAGUUGGGUAGCAGAGGAGGAACUGGAAUUAUGGGAGAUCAGGGCAUUUGCUGAAAGGGUGGAGAAAGAAAAGGCACAGGCAGUUGAGCAGCAGGCUAAGGUUAGUGAACAGAAGAAGGCUGAGGAAUUCAAGGCCCAAAUGGAGGUUCAACUAAAACAGCAACGAUUGGCUGCCCAGCAGAAGCGACUGGAACAACAGAAGCAGUUACCUACAACAGCCACUACGGUCACUACAGCAAGCAGUACUGCAACCACUGCCUCCACUCCACAGAAGGUUGUGGUAGGCCCAUUAACAGGCCCAGUUCCUACUGGAACCAAAGUAGUGCUUACUACUAAAGUGGGCUCUCCAGCUACGGUAACAUUCCAACAGAACAAGAACUUCCAUCAGACUUUCGCUACCUGGGUUAAACAAGGCCAGUCCUCAGCAGCUACCAGCACAGCUGCUACAUCAGCUACAACCAUUGCCAGCACAGGUCAGACGUUCCAGAUUGCAGGCACUCCAGUAACUAUGGCAGGCAAAGUGAUAACAAAGUUGCCACUUCCAGCAAACAGCAAGAUUGUUGCCGUUAAUGUGCCAUCAACCCAAGGAGGUGUUGUUCAAGUUCAGCAAAAAGUGUUGGGUAUCAUUCCAUCAACUACAGGUGCAAAUCAACAAACAUUUACUUCAUUCCAGCCAAGGACAGCGACUGUAACUAUUAGGCCAAAUACCACAGGGACUCUAGGUACAACAUGUACUUCACAAAUAAUGCCAGGGACACCACUCCGCCCAGGUAUGACAGUAAUACGGACACCACUUCAGCCAUCAACAUUAGGAAAGGCCAUCAUUCGAACACCUGUAGUGGUGCAGCAAGGUAUUCUUCCAUCCAGUCAGACUCAACAGGUGGUGACUCAGAUAAUUAGAGGUCAGCCUGUCUCAACUGCCGUUUCUAGUGCUAGCACAACUUCUUCAAGUCCUGGACAAAAGGUAACAACAGCUCCUGGAACACCUCCACAGAAUAUACAACCACAAACCACAACGCCGCAGCCCACUCGUCCCCAGCAAGGACAAGUGAAACUUACUAUGGCCCAACUCACGCAGUUAACUCAAGGACAGGGUGGCAGUCAGGGGUUGACCGUGGUAAUUCAGGGACAGGGUCAAACUACUGGCCAGUUACAGUUGAUACCUCAGGGUGUGACUGUAAUACCAGGUCCAGGACAACAGCUAAUGCAAGCGGCUAUGCCGAAUGGUACAAUUCAAAGAUUCCUUUUCACUCCGUUAUCAUCAUCCGCUACUACAGCUAGCACAACUACUACGACGGUUUCCACUUCGACAUCAGCUACUGGAGAGCAGAAACAAGCCUCACAAACACAGACACAACCAGUGCUGCCACCAAUUCAGCCCCACCCUCACAGUCAGUUGCAAGCUCAGCCACAGGUGCAAACCCAGAGUGUUCAGCCUCAGCCCCCAGCCCAACCACAGACUACUCAGCCCUCACUUCAGCCUGAAGAUCAGACACAGCCUGAGUCUCAGUCUCCAACAUCAGCUCAGUCUCCAGUCGUAUCUGAAGCACAAACUGUCGUGGCACAAUCAACUAAAACUCCAGUCACAGUUCAGUCUCCACCACAGACCCAGGUUCAAGGGCUGUCUCAAAUUCAAAUCCAAAAUCAACCACAGACUGUCAUCCAUCCACAAGCUCAGUCCCAAGUCCAAACUCUGCAGCAAGCUCAGGUGCAGACUACAACUCAGCAACAGAUACAAGUGCAACCCCAAGCUUCUAUACAAAUACAAGCUCAACUGCAGCAGCAGUCACAACCCCAGAUUCAGACUUCCCUUCAGACUCUUCCAGCUGCACAAAAUUUAAAUCAAGUUACUGUACAAUCUCCAUCUCGCCCUCAACUGCAGAUCCAGCAGCCUACAACAAAAGUUAUUACUGUACCUCAGCUUCAGCAGCAAGUCCAAGUUCUCUCCCAACUUCAGUCUCAUGUUGUAGCUCAGAUACAGGCCCAGCAAGGCGGCGUCCCCCAGCAGAUUAAGCUUCAGUUGCCUAUUCAGAUUCAACAAGCCAGCCCAGUGCAGGCUCACCAGAUUCAGAAUGUGGUAACAGUUCAAGCAGCUAGUGUCCAAGAGCAGCUGCAGAGGGUUCAGCAGCUCAGGGAGCAACAGCAAAAGAAAAAGCAGCAACAGAUAGAAAUUAAACGUGAACACACUCUUCAGGCUUCUAAUCAAAGUGACAUUAUCCAAAAACAGGUGGUGAUGAAACACAAUGCUGUAAUAGAACACUUGAAACAGAAAAAGACACUGACCCCGGCUGAACGAGAAGAAAAUCAGAGAAUGAUAGUGUGUAAUCAGGUGAUGAAGUAUAUUUUGGAUAAGAUAGAUAAAGAAGAAAAACAGGCAGCUAAGAAACGGAAGCGAGAAGAGAGUGUUGAACAGAAGCGUAGUAAACAGAAUGCUACCAAGCUCUCAGCUCUGCUUUUCAAACAUAAAGAACAGCUUAAAGCUGAAAUACUGAAAAAAAGAGCACUUCUGGACAAAGAUCUACAAAUUGAAGUGCAGGAAGAGCUAAAGAAAGACUUGACUAAAAUUAAGAGAGAAAAAGAAAAAGCUCAGGCAGCUGCCGCUGCAGCCGCUGCUGCUGCAGCCGCUGCCGCUGCUGCCACACCACCUCCGCCUCCGCCACCGCCUCCCCCUCCGCCACCACCACAGCAUGCCACCAGCAUCGCAGCUGCCACCACAGUCCCAGCGCCAGCGUCUUCCCAGAAGAGAAAACGAGAGGAGGAGAAAGAUUCUUCAGCUUCCAAGUCCAAGAAAAAGAAAAUGAUUUCUACUACCUCAAAGGAAACCAAGAAGGACACAAAGCUUUAUUGCAUCUGUAAAACACCUUAUGAUGAAUCCAAGUUCUAUAUUGGCUGUGAUCUUUGUACUAACUGGUAUCAUGGAGAAUGUGUUGGCAUCACAGAAAAGGAGGCUAAGAAAAUGGAUGUGUACAUCUGUAAUGAUUGUAAACGGGCACAAGAGGGCAGCAGUGAGGAAUUGUACUGUAUCUGCAGAACACCUUAUGAUGAGUCACAAUUUUACAUUGGCUGUGACCGAUGUCAGAACUGGUAUCACGGGCGCUGUGUUGGUAUUUUGCAAAGUGAGGCAGAUCUCAUUGAUGAGUAUGUCUGUCCACAGUGUCAGUCUACAGAAGAUGCCAUGACAGUACUCAGUCCACUGACUGAUAAAGAUUACGAGGGAUUACGAAGAGUACUACGUUCCUUACAGGCUCACAAGAUGGCAUGGCCAUUCCUAGAACCAGUAGAUCCCAAUGAUGCACCAGAUUAUUAUGGUGUUAUCAAAGAGCCUAUGGACCUUGCUACCAUGGAAGAAAGAAUCCUGAAACGUUACUACAAAAAGGUGACAGAGUUUGUGGCAGAUAUGACCAAAAUUUUUGAUAACUGUCGUUACUACAAUCCAAGUGACUCCCCUUUUUACCAAUGUGCAGAGGUUCUUGAAUCAUUCUUUGUACAGAAGCUAAAAGGAUUCAAGGCAAGCAGAUUGUGAUAUCUUUAGUCUGACCUUUUUAACUGGAAUCAGAACUGGAUGUUGGGGUCACUCUUUCUUUUAUUGUACAGUACCAUGACAUUAAACUGCCUUAAAAAAUCCAGAUCAAUGUCCAAAUAUUAACUGUUCUUUUUAAAAUGGAAACAAUUAUUUGCCAGCAGCCAUGUUGGUAAACAAAAAUGUAUUAAGAAACUGUCUGUUCCUUGGAAUACUGUAUUUAAACAAAGUCAAAUAAUUUAGUCUUGGAAACUAUGUAUUUUAACUAAUUAUUUGCAGUCACUAAUAAAACUGUGAACUUUAGAAAGGGGAUUCGCUGAACUCUGAUUAGCAAAAAUGUGGUAUUAAUUUCUUUUACUAUUCAGUUUUUUAUGUUUGAACGUUUAUCCAAAGACUUCCCAAAUCAAUGUAACUUCGGUAUAUUUUGUAUAUUUUACCAAAAGUAAUAACUUAUGAAUUGUCUUUAUGCCUUCCUAUUACAGAAUACUAUUAUGUAUCUUGAUUAGUAAAAUUUUAUUUUGGGCAUUUUUGGAUAUUCCAGUGAAGCAUCAUGUUUUGUAUACAAUGGAAUUUUUUUAAUGCUGUAGCUGAAAACUUCUGUAAAGUUCAGAGAUGCUUGUUUUAAAUGGUGGUUGUCUCCAAAGAUGAACAGACACAACAUGGCUGCAUUCCCCUCCCAGUGAUUGACCCUUGGCAUCCUCUUAGAGAAACAGUGUUCUCAAAAAUGAAGGGUGCUUAAUUCACUUUUUUCUGUAUUCUGCAGGUCUCAUAACAACAAACUGCAGUCUACAGCUUCUUAGAGUUCAGCGUGUUAACCUAAUACACACACAGCAAGAAUCUGGUUGUCUGAAAAUUUUUUAAUUAAGAAGCCAGAUGGUUUUUAGUCAGGUUAUCCUGACAAGACUUGAUGUAAACUGUGUUUUUAUUGGUCACAGCAGUCAAAUUAUAUUCUUGGCUUAUUUUGUCCAAAGGACAAAGGAAUAAAAAUCAGCAGCACCACUUUCUUGUCAAGAUCAAAUUGUUGUACUAUUGUGGCAGAAGUGAGAAACCUUUGUUUUGUUGGCGAGAGAGAGCAAGCAAGCAAGAAAAAAGAUACAGUAAAUGGGGUCAAGUUUAACUCCAUGGAAAUGCCACGUCUGUUCUUCAGUGAAGAAGCUGGUUUAAAGUCCACACAGAAAACUUUGACUGUAUUUAUUUAUUGUUGCAAAAAAAGACGCUUUUUUAUUGCUGCCCUCAUUUGUCAGCUAAUUAUUUUUUCUUAUAAAAUCCGGCCCUGGUUACACGUAAUCCAUUCUGUAUCUUAACAUGAUUCCUGUAGGUAAAAGUACAAGAAGACCUCUAGAUGUCUUUUCUUUCUAUGAAAGGAGCUGCUAUGUACACAUGUGCACACACAAAAAAACUGGGAAUCAACAAUGAGUUUAUCAUUCAUGGUAGAUAAAAAUGAUUAAGCUUGCAUAAAAGUUGGGCUAAGUGGUCACAGACUGACUACAGACUCUGUUGCCUUGAAUAUAACAGUACAAUUUGUCAUUUACUCUGCACCAGACUGAAAUGAGUAAAAUCUAUUUGAAGGUAUCUUGUUUGUAAACAUUUGUCAGAUUCUAAUUUUUUUCUUUUUGUAUUAAAAUUCAAAACAUGGAUGUAUAAUGAAACAAAAUAAAUGGAGAUAAUUUUUCUCCCCACAGA